GUUUAUUAUCUAUGGUUUUAUUUUUAAUCGUUAUUUGAUUAUCAUUUUUGGAACAAUCGGAUUUAUUUAUCAAUGAAAACUAUUUAAGAUUAUUUAAAAUUAUUUAAGAUUCAGAAAUUUGACAUAUUAUUUCUUUUGUACCUACCUGUAGCAAAUAUUAUUUUAAAAUAAAUUAUUAAUAUACGAUUUUGAUAUAUUUCCUCAAUUCAGAAUUAUGCUUGUGUGUAAACUAAACCCAAUGGUGGGAAUCACUUCUGUAAUAAAGGUAACGUUUCGGAUUUAUAUUUUGACACAUUUAUAGUUUACACUAAUUUUUGUAUGCUGUUUUCAUUUGUACUCAAAUGAUUCUAAUUUAUUUUCAUUUCAAUUAAUUACAAACAGAUAUAUAUUAGUGAGUCAAGGAUUAAUAAUAUACACAUGUACAAUUUUUGAGUAAUAUGUACACGUAAUAUAAAAAAAAACUAAAUGUUAAAAUGUGUUAAGUUUAAAUAUGUAUAUAGUUUUGUCUCUUAAUGUAUGUACCUAUACAAAAAAAAACGCAAUUGAAUUAUUUAUUAUAUAAAUUAAUAAUGUAUUAUCUAAACUCAUUUAUUAAUACCUACCUUGUGUUUUAAUAGAAUACAUUGCUUUUUUUUUGAGAUUUACAACAGUAUAAAAUACAUAAGUUAUCACAUAUUUAUUUUAAAUAAUCAAUCUUGCAAAAAUUUUGUUUAAAAAUGUCUGUUUUCCUUUUACUUUUUUUAUUUAUUUAUACUUAGUUCAAACUAAUUUUUUAACCUAUUUUUAAUUUGAAAAUACUAGUAAUUAAUUUGCUUUGGAAAUACAUACAUAUGACAGUAAUGCAAUACUAAAUCAUUUUUGUGAAAUAUUAAUAUUAUAAAUAUAUAUUAUUUACAAUCAUUUCAGGGAGACAUCAGGUUUAGCGAACUUAGGAGCCUGAGCUCUUACUGGUGAAAUAAAUAUGCACUUUCCCGUUCCUCAAACCUUUAUUUCAAAUAAACAUAUUCCUUCCCAACACUGUAAAUAAUUAAAUAACCCAACCCAUUCAAACUUAAAAUCAUAAUAUUUUUGCAUUUUUUUUUUUAAUUAUAAUCUUAAAUAUUUUAUACCAACAUAGACAUUUUAAGUUUAUUAAUAAAAUAUAUUUAUUUAUUAUAUUGUACAUAAGUACUUAUAUAAUACACAAUACAUGAAAAAGUAAAAUAUUUCCUUCUUUUGUAUUUAAUCCUGAGAUUGGUUUGUAGCAAUUAUCCAUUAUUCCCUAUUGCUUGCCUUCCUCUUAUCUCUUCAUAAGAAUUACACAAUUAGUCCUUUAUUACUUGUUGCAUAUACUAUAUUUGUGAUCUUCCUUUGGCAUUUUUACCUUCUAUGCAGCAUUCUAUAAUUAAUCCCAGCAACCCAUCAUGUCUCAAUACAUGUCCAAUCCAUUAUAAUUUCUCCUUUUCUUGAUACUAUUCCAUAGCGUUCUUCUUUCAGGCAUUCUUUCUAGUACUUCCUCGUUUGUUACCAUAUUCGUCCAACUUAUUUUGAGCAUUCUUCUGUAACACCACAUCUCAAAAUCUUCUACUCUUUUUCACUCCUCUUUAGCAAUUGUCUAUGUUUCACUACCAUACAACAUUAUACUAAGUAUAAUAUAUAUUUAUAAAAUUAGUAAAAAUAUGAAAUUUCUAAAUAUUUAAAUUAUUCAAUUGGUUUUUUUUUCAAAUUUAAAUUUUCAGAAUCAAAGACUGUUAUCAAGACCCAUAAGUCCUUCCAUUUCACUGGCAAGGUUCAAAAGUAAUAGACCAUUUAACACUGGAAUUCUAUUUGUUCCACAACAAGAGGCAAGAAAAGUCGAUUUUUUUUUUAUUUUAAAAUAAAUUAUAUAUUAUAUAAGUUAUAAUUUCUAAUAUUGGUAUUCAUAAAACCAUAAUUAUUUAUGGUGUAUUUAUUAUAUAUCACAAAGUUAUUUUAUCUAGAUUGUGACCAAUAUAUAAAGAAAAAAACAAAAAAACAUUGUCAUAAAUUGAAAUGUGGCAGUUUAUAAUUUUUUUGUGAGUAUGGUUCAGACUAGUUUGGAGUCUUGGGUAGUAGCUAGAAAAGUAGAACAAAGAAUUAGUGUAGCAAAGAUGAGAAUGUUUAGGUAAAUGAGUGGAGUUACAAGAAAAGACUGGAUAAGGAAUGAAUAUAUAAGAAGUAGCUUAGAUGUGACUUUGAUAGUAGACAAAAUGAGAGAAUAUAGACUAAGAUGGUUUGGGCAUGUUACGGAGAAAGGUGAACCUGAAACAAUAUGAAGUAUAAUGCAAUUAAAUGUAGGAAGCAAAAGGUGAAAGGGAAGAUUGAAAAAGAAGUGGUUGGAUGUAAUUGAGAAUGAUAUAAGAACAUCCGGUGUAUAUGAGGUAAAAGAUCAGGUCAAAUAGAAAUUUAGAACAAGGGUGGCUGACCCCAAAUAGUUGGGUUAAUAUGAAUACAUAUAAAUACUUUAUAUUUAAAAAAAAUAAAUUUGAAUAGGUAUUAUUUAAUAUGUAGGUAAUAAAAUUCUUUAAAAUCACAUAUUUCAGUAAGUAGAUAUAGAUAGUUUUAAACCAACUAAAAUAUUUUAAAUUGGGUAGAAUCAAAGAGAAGGCAUUUUACUUCAAAAAUAUAUGAACAUUUUCCUAAAAAUAUUCAAUUUGAUUUACAUAGGUACAAAUACUGUAAACUAGUGUUCCACUAUUAACCCCCUAACCAAAUAAAACGUGGAAUAUGUCAUCAGCUGGUUGACAAAAAUCAAAAUUUCAACACAAUAAUUUAUUUAAUCCAUAUAUUUAUGGAAUUUUAAGUAUAGAUUCUGAUCGAUUCUCAUUUAAGUUUGGAAAGUUAAUCCCCCUAAAAAGUAAAAAAAAAAAAAACGUAUUAAUUAUUUUGGAUGUUUGUAGAUUGAACAACUUUAAUAUACUAUAUUUUUUUCUAUUUUAAUUGUUAAUACGUUAAAAUAGCUGUAACAUACAUUUGUAUCAACCCGCAUAUGUUUAAGAUAAAAACCGAAAUCUAAUAAGUUUAAUAUUAUAACCUCCAUUAUGAUUGUUAUCUUUGGUGUGAUUCAUAUUUUUUCUUUGAUUAUACUUAUGCUUAACACUCUAAAAAAGUAGAUUUAUUUAUUUAUUUUUUAUUAUAAAAAUAUUUAUUAUUAAAAACAUGAGUAGCAGAGCAAAAACAAACUAUUAUAUACCCUUUUAUUUAGAACAAUAUUAAAUGUAUAAUUAUUUGUAAUAAAGCUGUAUUUAAAACAUUGUUCAUUAUUUCAGGCAUGGAUUGUUGAACGGAUGGGUAAAUUUAGUCGUAUUUUAGAACCAGGUUUAAACUUUUUAAUUCCUUUUUUGGACCGAAUUGGUUAUGUACAAAGUCUUAAAGAAUUAGCCAUUGAUGUUCCCAAACAAAGUGCUGUAACAGUAGGUCAGUUUAAAAUAAAAUUGAAUACAUUUCUUUAGUUGAAUAAAAUAUAAAUUAUUAUUAUUAUUUUUUUUAGAUAAUGUAACACUUAGCAUUGAUGGUGUAUUAUAUUUGAGGGUUAAUGAUCCUUACUUAGCCAGUUAUGGAGUUGAAGAUCCAGAAUUUGCAAUAACUCAGUUGGCUCAAACUACUAUGAGGUAAGAAAGUGAUCAUUCUAACUUAUAUUGCCCCCAUAUGCUAUAUAAUAUUUCAAUAAAAUAUCAAAAUUCAUUUUUAUUUUCUAAAACUAAAGUUUUCAUUUGACUAUUAUGUUAUGGUUAUUCCUGUUCAACUUAAUUUAUAUUUUUUAUUUUGAAUAUUACAGAUCUGAAUUAGGAAAAAUAUCUUUAGACAAAGUAUUUCGAGAACGAGAAAAUUUAAACUAUGCAAUUGUUGAAAGUCUCAAUAAAGCAAGUGCUUCAUGGGGCUUAACAUGCUUCAGAUAUGAAAUCCGUAUGAAUUUAUUUUUGAAAUUUAAAUGAAUGCAUACAUUUUAAUUAUUUUUAUUUCAUAUAGGUGAUAUAAAACUUCCUAAUAGAGUACAAGAAGCUAUGCAAAUGCAAGUAGAAGCAGAAAGAAAAAAACGUGCUGCUAUUCUAGAUUCAGAAGGAGUCCGUGAAGCUGAUAUUAAUGUAGCUGAGGGCAAAAGACAAUCAACAAUUUUAGCUUCUGGUAACUUACAGAUAUUUCCAUAUUCUUAAUAUUAUUUUUUAAUGUUUAUUUAUUUUAGAGGCAUUCCAACAAGAACAAAUUAAUAUAGCUCAAGGAGAAGCAAAUGCUUUACUAGCUGUUGCUGAAGCUAAAGCUAAAGGAAUUCGGUUAAUAGCUGAUGCUCUUAAACAAACAGUUGAGUAUAAUAAUUUAUUUUUGUUUAACGUUAAUUUACAAGAAAUGUAUGAUUAAAUGCAAAACAAUUAUAUUACUCAUUAUUAGUAAUUAGUAAUUAAAUUAUAUCAAUAUGCUAUUAUCAUUGUUUUUGAAAUGAUUAAGUGAUGGUAAUUUUAGGAUGGUUAUAAUGCUGCUUCUCUAAAAGUAGCAGAGUCAUAUGUAGAAGCAUUUGGGAAACUAGCUAAAUCUACAAACACUGUUAUUAUACCAAGUAAUACUUCAGAUGUAUCUUCAAUGGUAACACAGGUAAAAUUAUUUAUUUUUUUUUAUUUUGAUUGUGUAACUUUUGUUUAUAAUAAUUUAUAACAAAUUUGGUUUACUUUAUUUAGGCUAUGUCUAUUUAUAAGUCACUGACUAGUAAAUCUAAGCAAUCAAGAAAAUUGAAUGAAGAAGAUAAAUGAAUUAACCAUUAUCAAAGAACUGAAAACUCAUUUAAAUUAUAAUAUAUGUGUAUUAAUAAAAUGAAGAAUGGUUGCAACAUGAAUUACUAAAACUUGGUAUUAAUAAAAUGAAGAAUUAUUGCAACAUUAGUUACUAAAACUCAUUCAUAUUUGAGAGUGUUUAUUAAUUACUUAGUGUAUUACAGUGGUGUAUCCAAGAGACUACAGCCCUUUCCUAUAAUUCAAUUUAGGAAAUCUUAAAUUAUUGUAUUAAAUACUUAAUUUACAUUAUAUUUUAAUCUGGUCACCUCUUCCCCCCCUCUAAAAAAUACCUGGAUAAGCUCCUAUGUGUACACAUUAUUAUUUU